AUGGCGUUCAGAUUUAAAAGAGAAGGUUGUUACAGCAAAAACAGGCUGAGCGAACUAUUUCGGAAAAACCAAAGUUUUAUCAAUCAGCUCAUGUAUGACUUAACUUCCUUUCAUUAUGAGAACUAUAUGAAAAAUAAAAUUCGUAAAAAUAUUAUGAAUAACUACAACAACAUUGAAAGAAUACAAUCCAUGCUAAAUUUAAUUAAUGGAGAUAAGGAAAAUGCCUUUAAAAUUAAAACAGGUCACUUUUAUUUCCGCAGCGGAGUUUCAGUUAUAACGCCACACAUACAACAAACCAACGAAUUCGCGGAAAACAACAAUUAUGUGUACAAUUUUAAAACUAUUAAAAAGAAAUAUCUCAAAGACGUUUACGAUUCAUACAAACAUAAAAUUGGAGGGACUGACCCAUCCGUCCCUAUUUUCCGCAAGCAUAAGUAA